AUUCCCCGCCGGCCCCCGCGGUCAGGCUGUGGCCCCUUCCUGCCCGGGUACAGGAAACCGGGCUGCCCCGAGUUCCGAGGUUUGGGGAAGGUUCCCACCUUGCCCCCUGAGCUCUGGAGGCGGAGGGCCUGGCCUGCUCAGCGUCCUCACCAGGAGGAGAUUUCUUCAAAUCUGAGAUGCUGGUUCAUCUCGAGAAACCACUUUCCCUGCUGGUCCCUAAGAAGCACUCCUCCUCCGUUAAAGACCUGCCGACUGACUGCUGCAGUGCUCAGAGUCGGAGGAAAUGGCAGAUCUGGACAGCGAUUCCAGGCAGCUUCUCGCCCCCGAGGCGGGCCGUGAAGUACAUCCUGGGCCCAUGAAUAUCCAGUUUGACUCAUCAGAUCUAAGACCCAACAGGCCUUUCCACGUGGAGCCCACCAACAUCGUCAGCGUGAGUGACGCCCUGCAGCGGGUCAGCGACCGCGCCUCGGCCAUGAACAAGAGGAUUCACUACUACAGCCGGCUCGCGGCUCCCGCGGACCAGGCGCUGGUUGCCCCGGACCACGUGGUCCCGGCCCCGGAGGAGCGCUACGUGUACAGCCCGCUGGGCUCCGCGUACAAACUCCAGAGCUGCCCCGAGGGGUCCGGGAAGAACACCAGCCUCGUGACCAUUUUCAUGAUCUGGAACACCAUGAUGGGGACCUCGAUACUCAGUAUUCCUUGGGGCAUAAAGCAGGCGGGCUUCACGACCGGGGUGUGCGUCAUCCUGCUGAUGGGCCUGCUGACCCUGUACUGCUGCUACCGGGUGCUGCGCUCGCGAGCCACCAUACCGUCGGUGGACACCGCGGCCUGGGAGUUCCCCGACGUCUGCAGGCAUUACUUCGGCGCCUUCGGGCAGUGGUCCAGCCUGCUGUUCUCCCUGGUGUCGCUCAUCGGAGCCAUGGUCGUGUAUUGGGUGCUCAUGUCUAACUUCCUGUUUAACACCGGAAAGUUCAUGUUUAAUUUUAUUCAUCACAUUAAUGACACAGAUGCUGCACUGAGUACCAACGAUAGCAACCCUGUGACCUGCCCGAGCGCCAGCAGCGGCCGUCCCGACAAUGGCUCUGCCGUCUUCUCCGCCAACGCCACAGGCCUGCAGCAGUUUGAGAGGUGGUGGGACAAGUCCCAGACGGUGCCCUUCUACCUCGUAGGGCUGCUCCUGCCGCUGCUCAACUUCAAGUCACCGUCCUUCUUCUCCAAGUUCAAUGUCCUGGGCACGGUGUCCAUCGCCUACCUGACGUUCCUCGUCACCUUGAAGGCUGCGCGCUUGGGGUUUCACCUGGAAUUUCACUGGUUUACGCCAACGGAGUUCUUUGUGCCAGAGAUAAGAUCUCGGUUCCCACAGCUGACUGGUGUGCUGACCCUGGCUUUCUUUAUCCACAACUGUGUUAUCACACUCCUAAAGAACAACAAGAACCAGGAAAACAAUCAUUUUCCACGUGCUGGUCCUGAAUCUGAUCAUUGUGGGAGCUGGCGUGAGCAUGGCCUGUCUGUACCCCAACAUCGGAGGGAUCAUAAGGUACUCGGGAGCCGCCUGCGGCCUGGCCUUCGUGUUCGUCUACCCGUCCCUCACCUACAUCCUCUCCCUCCGCCAAGAGGACCGCCUGACGUGGCCCUCGCUGCUCUUCCACGCCCUCCUCAUCGUCCUGGGCCUGGCCAACCUGGUGGCCCAGUUCUUCAUGUGACACUCCUGCCGCGCCCGUCUCCACCCGUGCGCCAGCCACCGCCGCGCCAGCCACCGCCGCGCCGGUCAACACCGCGGAUAACCCGAGAACAGGGCAACAGCCUCCCACUCGCCCUGAGCCGCGUGGCUCCGUGCGGGGACGGGACGGUGGGGACGCUCUGUCUCCACCUGCCUCCUGUCACUCACCUCCUCACUCUCACUGAGUCCUGAGUGGGAGGCGUGCCCUUGGGAACGUUAGAUGUGAGGUGGGCGGUGCAUUUGGGCAACGAUGAAACUCUCAGGGUGUCCCCCGCCGGGACUUGGCUGUUCCAAGGCUCACUGCACUCCCUGCCAUUUUGUCACUCGAUAGACGAUGGUUGCAGUUUGCCUAAACCUUUACUGUUUGGGACAGUAAACCAAAUACCUCAUUUUCUAAAAGGAAGUCUCCAUGACAUCAGUGUUAAUAGACUGAGUUUUUAACCAUGAAAGAAGAAAGAAAAAGAAAUGUCACGAGGCCCCAUGGUCAUGAACUUUAUACAAAAUAAAUGAACUAAUGGAGUUGG